AUGCUUCAGGGGAUUUCUAAUGUGAGACUGGUGCUGAUGCCCUGUGAUGUACCCUCAUGUGUGGCGCUUAAGUGGGGCGCUCUAGCGGCCGAGAUGCGCUACACGUACAACCCACACGUGAUCAUCGGGCCUGGAUGCAGCCCCUCCGUGUCGACCGUGUCCCGCAUGGCGGUUUCAUGGAACCUGCCCCACAUCACGUACGUUGGGUCGGACGAGGAGCUUGGAAACAAGAAGGAGUUCGCCUUGCUUACCCGGAUGUCAUACACCAUGAAUAGCUUCGCCCGCUUCUACAUCGAGCGCACAUUCGAAAUCGAAGCACCCCACAUUAAAUCGCAUCCAGUCCUUUUUAAUGCAAAGGCUGCAGACCUGCGCGUAGAGAUACUCCGAGUGAUCAGUCAAGCUGGUUUUGUGUCAAGAGUAUUCAUAUUUGCCGGUAACGCGGACCACUUCCGCCAGAUGGCGAUACUGGCAAAGGAAAAAUCGUCGCUUACGUUCGGAGAAUACGUGCUGAUAUUCUUCUUCACGUAUUGGGGCGACCCGAAUGCAGGCAACUAUAAUUGGGAAAGAGGAGACGAUUUGGACCAGGCGGCCCGGAAGGCUUACGAGGCGGUGAUGGUAGUGAGGACACGCCGGUCGGAAGACCUGCAGUUCGCGUGGUUCGAGGCGGAAGUGAAGAGGCGCGCGAUGACCGAGUACAACUACAUGUGGGAAAAAGACCACGAGGUAUCAAGCCUUGAAUCGGUUAAGCUGUUUAUAACAACGGUGUCCACAAUGAACAUAGGCCUAUACGAUUCCUUCACAUUGUAUGCGCUUGCACUUAAUGAGACUAUGGCGGCAGGCGAGAAUCCUCGUGACGGGAAAAGAGUUGUUAAACGGAUGUGGAACAGAACUCUCGUUGGAAUCGGCGGACCAUUCUAUAUUAAUCCAAACGGUGACCGAGUGAUUGAUUUCACCUUACUCGACAUGGACCAAGAAACAGGACAAUUUAAGGUAGUUGCGCAAUUCGAAGCGUUGUCCUCCAGUGCAGUGGUGGCGAUCAGUCUGAGCAGCGUCAUUGUCGUCCUCGCCAUAGUCGGCAUUUUCAUAUUCAGGCGAAUUAAAGCGGAAGCGGAUAUCCAGAGUAACUGGUGGCGCGUGCGCAGUGAGGACAUACACGUGACCAUUCAGACGUCAUCAGUAAUGUCCAGCAAUCGCCGGGGAACAAUUGUGCAUGUCAGAAAGCUGAUGGUGAAGACAGUUCCCAUAGACCGAGCAAUUUUACUAGAGAUCAAACAGAUGCGUGAGAUCACCUGUCCAAAUCUGACUCAUUUCUUCGGGAUCUGUCCAGAAACAGGCAAGAUGUGUGUGCUGACCGAGUACUGCGCCAGGGGAAACUUGCAGGAUAUUCUUCAAAAUGACGCCAUGAAAUUAGACUGGGACUUCAAACUGUCGCUGAUUCAGGACAUAGUGGAGGGCAUGACGUACCUGCACGCUAGCAGUAUUGGUGUCCAUGGUCAGUUGACUGACUCGCGAUGUAUGAUAGAUGGACGCUUCGUUCUCAAGAUAACCGGUUUUGGACUCACCUACAUAUUUUCACCGGAAUUGCUAUGGAUGGCGCCCGAACAUCUCCGCCUGUACCCAGCGAGCCGUCAGCGCUCACAAGCGGGAGACGUGUACAGUUUCGCCGUCAUUCUGUACGAGAUGUGCACGCGAGCCGAGCCGUUCACCGAGGAAUCUUGGUACACAUCAGUCAGCGACACCGUGGAAAUGAUCAAGAAUUGCGGCAUCAAGCCUUGCCGGCCGAUAUUGAACGAGCACGAGCAUAUACCGGAAGUAGUUCAACUUGCUAACCAGUGCUGGGAAGAACUUCCGUCGGACAGACCAACGUUCCAGAAUGUGAGGAAAUUUCUGAAGAAAAUAAGAAUGACGAGGUACUCAAAGAACGUUCUGGACGUGCUGCUACAGCGUAUGGAGCAAUAUGCCAACAACCUGGAGGGCAUGGUGGAGGAGAAGACACAGGCGUUCCUAGAGGAGAAGAAACGAUCAGAGGAGCUGCUAUAUAAGGUCCUGCCAAGAAGUGUGGCGGAUCAACUGCGAAUGGGACAUUCUGUAUACCCAGAAGCCUUCGAGUGUGUUACCAUCUACUUCAGUGAUAUCGUCGGAUUUACAACCAUCUCCGCAGACAGUACGCCCUUUCAGGUCGUUGAUUUGCUUAAUGACCUAUACACAUGUUUCGAUGCCAUUAUUGAUAACUACGACGUAUACAAGGUUGAAACCAUCGGCGACGCUUACAUGGUGGUCUCCGGACUCCCUGAACGCAACGGUAACGAGCAUGUGAGACAGAUUGCUCGGAUGUCUCUGGACAUAGUCCACAGUGUGCGCCAGUUUGUGAUUCGUCAUAAACCGGAAGAACCGCUAAGGGCGCGUAUUGGAUUACACUCAGGCCCUGUCUGCGCAGGCGUGGUCGGACGGAAGAUGCCGAGGUACUGUCUAUUUGGGGACACAGUGAACACCGCCAGUCGCAUGGAGUCCAACGGAGAAGCCCUGAAAAUACACAUUAGUGAGGCAACUAUGGGACUUCUUUUGCCAUUUGCCACGUUCACAAUAGAAGAGCGGGGAAUAAUCGAUGUCAAGGGAAAGGAACGAAUGCGAACUUACUGGCUUGUGGACCAGCUGAAUACUCAGGGGAAGUAA